AUGUAUUGUGUGUCCAAGAGAGAGUGGUUGGAGCAGCAGAGAGCUCAGCUGAAGGAAUACAGGCGUGGAGGCAGCCUGCGGAAUAAACCCAGAAUACGUUACACUGAAGAGGAAGAACCCAAAGAUGAAGACUACUUCUUCUGUGAGGAUUGUGAAGAUUUCUUCAUUGAGGAGUGCUGGAUCCACGGCCCCCCCAUCUUCAUCCCUGACACCCCGGCACCAGUGGGGGUCCCAGACCGAGCCAGACUCACCCUGCCCUCUGGACUGGAGGUCAACAACUCCCACAUCCCCAACGCAGGACUGGGGGUCUUCAACCGGGGCCAGGAGAUAGCCAGAGGAACUCACUUUGGACCCUACGAGGGACAAGUCAUGGACAAGGAGCAGGCCAUAGAGAGCGGAUACUCAUGGGUGAUUUACAAGAGCCGCCAUUCAGAUGAGUACGUAGAUGCGAAGAAGGAAACUCAUUCCAAUUGGAUGAGGUAUGUUAACUGCGCUCGUAACGGUGAGGAGCAGAAUCUGGUGGCGUUUCAGUACAGAGGAGGGAUUGUGUAUCGCUGCUGUCGGCCCAUUGGCUCUGGAGAAGAACUGCUGGUCUGGUAUGGAGACGACUACGCCAAAGAGCUGGGCAUCACAUUUGACUACCUCUGGGAUGUCAAGAGCAGCGCUAAAGAGGUAUCUGUGGCGUCUCAGGUGUUCUCCUGUUCUCUGUGUCCGUUCUCCUACACGGCUCAAAUCUACCUGCACAAGCACAUCAAGAGAAGUCACCCAGACGAGUAUGUGCGUCUGCUGAGGUCUGGAGAGAUCAGAUCAGAGACUUUCAUACCGUCUGGAGGCAGAAACCAACACACACAGCAAACCACAACUGCGGCGUCCAGACCAGUCACACAGCCGUCUUCAGAACAGCAAGGAGCCCAUGAGCAGAGACGACAGCGGAACUCUCAGGCAGGAGAGAAGAAACACCACUGCACUCAGUGUGGCAAGAGUUUCACUACAGAGCAGAAUUUAAAAGUACACCAGCGCACUCACACAGGAGAGAAGAAACACCACUGCACUCAGUGUGGCAAGGGUUUCACUAGAGAGGACCAUUUAAAAGUACACCAGCGCACUCACACAGGAGAGAGGCCGUAUCACUGCACUCAGUGUGGCAAGAGUUUCACUCAAGAGGGAUCUUUAAAAGCACACCAGCGCACUCACACAGGAGAGAGGCCGUAUCACUGCACUCAGUGUGGCAAGAGUUUCACUCAAGGGGGAGAUUUAAAACGACACCAGCGCACUCACACAGGAGAGAGACCGUUUCACUGCACUCAGUGUGGCAAGAGUUUCACUCAAGAGGGAGAUUUAAAAAAACACCAGCGCACUCACACAGGAGAGAGGCCGUAUCACUGCACUCAGUGUGGCAAGAGUUUCGGUACAGGGGUAUGUUUAAAACGACACCACCGCACUCACACAGGAGAGAGGCCGUAUCACUGUAAUGAGUGUGGCAAGAGCUUUGCUGUUGGGGGUCAUUUCAGAGUACACCAGCGCACUCACACUGGAGAGAAGCCGUAUCACUGCACUCAGUGUAGCGAGACUUUCACUCGGUCUGGUCAUCUAAAGACACACAAGUGCUCUCACAGUAAAGAGCCCUAAUAAGUCUCCUGCUGAAUAAAGACCUUGAUGUUGCGCCCACCAGGGCAACAUGCCAAUAAACAAGACUGCCAUUCAAAUAUUCACCAACACGGAACUCAUUUUUAACUGACCAUUUUAACUGACUUUGGUAACUGGCUCUUUUGUUGAGUGUUUUAAUUGUUGAAUUGAUUUUUGAUAUUGUGAUUUGAUGUAUGUGAGAGUGUGCCAGAGUAAUUGAUUUGUAAUAUUAUGAUUUGAUGUAUGUGUGAGUUUAAGAGUAAUUGUGAAGAAUGUGUUUAAGUUUUUACUUGGUGAUGGUGUAAAAAUGGUCUAAUUGAAAACCACAAUAGUCAACAGUUAACACCAAAUAAGAGUAAAGAUGACUUACUUAAUUACACACACUAAAUGAAAAGUGAAAUUGACUUGUAAAGUAGAUUUUGUCACAUUGGUGACUUAAAUAUCUAUUUGUGUAAGUGAAUAGACCAAAUAGAAUUGAAUAAAACGUGGAGUAGUGUAUGAA